AUGAAUCUCCUCGACCCUUACCUGAAGAUGACAGACGAACAGGAGAAGUGUCACUCUGACGCUCCCAGCCCCAGCAUGUCUGAGGACUCCGCAGGCUCGCCGUGCCCGUCUGGGUCCGGUUCGGACACUGAGAACACCCGGCCGUCCGACAACCACCUUCUAUUGGGCCCAGACUACAAGAAGGAGGGCGAAGAAGAAAAGUUCCCCGUGUGUAUCAGAGAUGCAGUGUCCCAGGUGUUGAAGGGCUACGACUGGACGCUGGUGCCCAUGCCGGUGCGCGUCAACGGCUCAAGUAAAAGUAAACCCCACGUCAAAAGACCCAUGAACGCGUUCAUGGUCUGGGCUCAAGCUGCACGGAGGAAGCUGGCCGAUCAAUACCCGCAUCUGCACAACGCGGAACUCAGCAAAACCCUGGGCAAACUUUGGAGAUUGCUCAACGAAGUAGAGAAGCGCCCGUUUGUGGAAGAAGCUGAGCGUUUGAGAGUGCAGCACAAGAAGGACCACCCCGACUACAAAUACCAGCCAAGGCGGAGAAAAUCUGUCAAGAACGGGCAAAACGAUCCUGAGGACGGCGAGCAAACCCACAUCUCACCAAAUGCGAUCUUCAAGGCGCUGCAGCAGGCCGAUUCUCCAGCGUCUAGUUUGGGGGAGGUGCAUUCUCCAGGAGAGCACUCAGGUCAGUCCCAGGGCCCACCAACACCCCCAACCACCCCCAAGACAGACCUUCCUUCCAGCAAAGCUGACCUGAAGCGUGAGGGGCGUCCAAUUCAGGAGGGCACCAGUCGCCAGCUCAACAUCGACUUUGGAGCCGUGGACAUUGGCGAGCUGAGCAGCGAAGUCAUCUCCAACAUGGGGAGCUUUGAUGUUGAUGAGUUUGAUCAGUACCUGCCGCCUCACAGCCAUGCUGGGCUGACUGGAGCAGCCCAUGCUGGCUACCCCAGCAGCUACGGCAUCAGCAGUUCCUCAGUCAGCCAGGCAGCCAAUGUUGGGGCCCACGCCUGGAUGUCCAAGCAGCAGCAACAGCAGCAACACUCCCUGACCACCCUGGGUGGAGGAGGAGAACAAGGCCAGCAGGGUCAACAGAGACCCACCCAGAUCAAGACAGAGCAGCUGAGUCCCAGCCACUACAGUGAGCAGCAGGGCUCCCCACAGCACGUAACCUAUGGGUCCUUCAACCUGCAGCACUACAGCACCUCCUCUUACCCCUCCAUCACAAGAGCACAGUAUGACUAUUCAGACCACCAAGGUGGUGUCAACUCCUACUACAGCCAUGCGUCUGGUCAAGGCUCCGGCCUGUACUCCACCUUCAGCUACAUGAGCCCCAGCCAGAGGCCGAUGUACACCCCGAUUGCCGACACCACCGGGGUGCCCUCUGUGCCCCAGACCCACAGUCCGCAGCACUGGGAGCAGCAGCCCAUUUACACACAGCUCUCCAGGCCAUGAGGAGUCGGCCUCAGCACUGACUAACACCCACCCCAUGCAUUGACUUUUUUCUGCCCGGUGGCCUUUGUGCUGCCAUGCCACACACCUGUCAUUGCCAACAGAAAAACAUGACAAGGACUUUUUUUUUUAUAGUACUGAAAGUAUAUCUUUGGAUUGGCUCACAACAGUGCCUUUUGUAUUGGUUGGAAUUUUGAUUAUAUUUUUUUAGAUAUAAAGUUUAAAAGAAGUUUAAUCCUCUGUGAGGACAUACUGGUUAUAAAUAUUUUAGUAUGUACUGUGUAUGUGUUUCUUGUCAACAUCAUCUUAAUCAGUGUCAUCAGCAUCCUCAUCAUCAUGACUAGAAGGUUUAACACAUCUAAAGGAUUGCCAGGUAAAAACACCCUCAGUGGCCUUGCUUCUCACUAAUGUAUUGUUUUGUACAGAAGUAAGAAACGUCUGUUUACUGACACUGCCGUCUUAUAAUAGCCUACAUUCUGCUUUGAAUUUUUGUACUGUAAAUAUUUUAUAGCAAUGCAGGUUCAAAAUAGAUCUGAAUUUAUGGCCAUGAUAUGACCGUGUCAUCAGUGAAAUAUUCUACUUCUUGUUCUUUGCUUUCGCUCAAAUGAUUGUGUUGAAAACGCUAUAGCAGGUGCCAUGUAAUUAUCCUAGGGGCCUUACUGUGUUGGUAGAUGUGACUGAGUAAUGCUUGCUUUUAUCUGGGUACUGCCUUGAUACCAUUGGUGCCUCUGGAGCCACAGUAGGGAGACUCCUUCCACUUGCGUUGCAGUGUUGAAACCACAGCAUAGUUCUGACUUCUUGUGUGAGGAAAUACAGGAAGUUACCUUUGACCUGACUCUCCUCGACAGCCAUCAGGCCUGAGUCUGGCAUGCUUCUCUCAUUCUUACAGCCCCAUCCUUUCUCCUAACCUUUUUCUUAAUUUAUUCUUUAGCAUUAAUUUUAUUUGAAAAUAACUAUUUGCAGUUAUCUUUUUAAUUCAGCAGCAGCUAAAUGAGAUGAAAUGUUUUCAGUGGAAUGGUUUGCUGUCAUAUGUGGUACAAAUUUGUUUAUUUAUCAUUUGUAAAUGUUACCGUAUAAAAGUUCCUUUUAUUCUUGAUCUAGUUAUGUACAGAUUACUUAUAAUUACACCAUGAGUCUUUCUCUUAAAAAAAAAAAAAAAGAAAAACUGGAAGUUUUCUCUUUUUUCAUUCUAACAAAUGAAUUAAUGGAUAUGGAAGCUGCCGCUGUUUUUGUAAAGAAUUUGCUGGAAUCAACAGGAUACUUUUUAAUGUUGUGUUCCUCAUUUUUAUAUUCUAUCACUAGUUCUCAUUUCGUCAUCUUCUUAAUGCAGUUUCCGUAGGUAAACAUGGCAUUGUCUUAAAAGCUUAUCUUUUGUAUUAAAUUGUUUGCAAUAAAAACAAAACACUGAGAAAUA